UGUACACUUUCCACUUUUCUAGAAGCAAUGACAAAGUUAAAAAUGGGUCUAAUAUGUACGGAUAUAUUUAAGAAAUACCCUUUUUUUCAUGAACCCCUUUCUCUCCCUCAAAUCUCUGUCCUAACACAUUUUCUUCUGUUCACCCCCUCUGUAGAAAUGACUUGUUGAUGGUCUGUCGCCAAUUGAAUAUGGAAGAGUCUGUGGCUGAGAUCAUGAACCAAUUGGGUGCAGAUGAAAACGGGAAGAUUUCCUUUCAGGAUUUUACAAGGUGCCGCAUGCAGCUUGUUCAAGAAAUUAGGAAGGAAGAAGUAGACCGUUCUGUGAAGUCAGACAACUCCUGUAAAAAGAAGCUGAGGGAUAGAAUUGCUUCCUGGCCCACGAGCAGUGACAACAGUCUGGGUGCCUUAUCAGCAGCCAGGGAGAGCUGGGAAUACGACUCUGGUGCCAGGGACCUCCAGAGCCCGGACUUGCAGAGUCAGGCGGCCCUCCAGAAGCUGCUCGAGUGCGGCGGAAGCUCUCUGCACCAGCAUGCUGCCCUCCACAAACUGCUCACACAGUCCUCGCGUUUUGGCAGCUCCAUAGGAGGAAGCUAUCUGGAGCUGGCCAACACGCUCCAUUCGGCAGCCCUGGCAUCACUGAAGGGAGAUAUAGCGGAGCUCAAUAAACGUCUGCAGCAAACGGAGCGGGAACGGGACCUUCUGGAAAAGAAAUUGGCCAAGGCGCAUUGUGAGCAGUCCCACCUCAUGAGAGAGCAUGAGGACGUGCAGGAGCGAACGACGCUUCGGUACGAGGAGCGCAUCACAGAGCUGCACAGCAUCAUUGCCGAGCUCAACAAGAAGAUAGACCGCCUGCAGGGCACCACCAUCAGGGAGGAAGAUGAGUACUCGGAGCUACGAUCAGAGCUCAGCCAGAGUCAGCACGAGGCCAACGAGGACUCUCGAAGCAUGGACCAAGACCAGACCUCCGUCUCCAAUCCCGAAAACCAGUCCACCAUGGUCACUGCCGACGUGGACAACUGCAGUGACCUGGACUCAGAGCUGCAGCGGGUGCUGACGGGGCUGGAGAAUGUCCUCUGUGACAGGAAGAAGAGCAGCUGCAGCCUCUCGGUGGCCGAAGUGGACAGGCACAUCGAGCAGCUCACCACGGCCAGCGAGCACUGCGACUUGGCCAUUAAGACAGUCGAGGAGAUUGAGGGCGUGCUUGGCCGGGACCUGUAUCCCAACCUGGCGGAAGAGCGGUCUCGGUGGGAGAAGGAGCUGGCUGGGCUGAGGGAAGAGAAUGAGAGCCUCACUGCUAUGCUGUGCAGCAAAGAGGAGGAGCUGAACCGUACCAAGGCCACCAUGAACGCCAUCCGGGAGGAGCGGGACCGGCUCCGGAGGAGGGUUCGAGAGCUUCAAACUCGACUGCAGAGCGUUCAGGCCACAGGCCCCUCCAGCCCUAGCCGCCUCACUGCCACCAACCGCCCGAUCAACCCCAGCACCGGAGAGCUGAGCACAAGCAGCAGCAGCAAUGACAUUCCCAUCGCCAAGAUUGCUGAGAGGGUGAAGCUAUCAAAGACAAGGUCCGAAUCCUCGUCGUCUGAUCGGCCAGUCCUGGGCUCAGAAAUCAGUACCAUAGGGGUGUCCAGCAGCGUUGCAGAACACCUGGCCCACUCGCUUCAGGACUGCUCCAACAUCCAAGAGAUUUUCCAAACACUCUACUCACACGGAUCUGCCAUCUCUGAAAGCAAGAUUAGGGAGUUUGAGGUGGAAACAGAACGGUUGAAUAGCCGGAUUGAACAUCUCAAAUCCCAAAAUGACCUCCUGACCAUAACCCUGGAGGAAUGUAAAAGCAACGCCGAGAGGAUGAGCAUGCUGGUGGGGAAAUACGAAUCCAACGCCACAGCGCUGAGGCUGGCCUUGCAGUACAGCGAGCAGUGCAUCGAGGCCUACGAGCUCCUGCUGGCGCUGGCCGAGAGCGAGCAGAGCCUCAUCCUGGGGCAGUUCCGAGCGGCCGGCGUGGGGUCCUCCCCCGGAGACCAGUCAGGGGACGAAAACAUCACUCAGAUGCUCAAGCGAGCUCACGACUGCCGGAAGACAGCCGAGAACGCCGCCAAGGCCCUGCUCAUGAAGCUGGACGGCAGCUGCGGGGGCGCCUUUGCUGUGGCCGGCUGCAGCGUGCAGCCCUGGGAGAGCCUGUCCUCCAACAGCCACACCAGCACAACCAGCUCCACAGCCAGUAGCUGCGACACGGAGUUCACCAAGGAGGACGAGCAGCGGCUGAAGGAUUACAUCCAGCAGCUCAAGAACGACAGGGCCGCCGUCAAGCUGACCAUGUUGGAGCUCGAGAGCAUCCACAUCGACCCCCUCAGCUACGACGUCAAGCCCCGGGGGGACAGCCAGCGGCUGGAUCUCGAAAACGCUGUGCUGAUGCAGGAGCUGAUGGCCAUGAAGGAGGAGAUGGCCGAGCUGAAGGCCCAGCUCUAUCUGCUGGAGAAAGAGAAGAAGGCCCUGGAGCUGAAGCUGAGCACGCGGGAGGCCCAGGAGCAGGCCUACCUGGUGCACAUCGAGCACCUCAAGUCCGAGGUGGAGGAGCAGAAGGAGCAGCGGAUGCGGUCGCUCAGCUCCACCAGCAGCGGCGGCAAAGACAAACCCAGCAAGGAGUGUGCUGAUGUCGCCUCCCCAGCUCUGUCCCUAGCUGAACUGAGGACGACGUGCAGCGACAGCGAGCUGGCUGCGGAGUUUGCCAACGCCAUCCGGCGAGAAAAGAAGUUGAAGGCCAGAGUUCAGGAGCUGGUGAGCGCCUUGGAAAGACUCACUAAGAGCAGUGAAAUCCGCCAUCAGCAGUCAGCGGAGUUUGUUAAUGACCUCAAGCGCGCCAACAGCAACCUGGUAGCUGCCUAUGAGAAAGCAAAGAAGAAGCAUCAAAACAAACUGAAGAAGUUGGAGUCGCAGAUGAUGGCCAUGGUGGAGAGACAUGAGACCCAAGUGAGAAUGCUCAAGCAGAGAAUAGCUCUGCUGGAGGAGGAGAACUCCAGGCCACACACCAAUGAGACUUCACUUUAAUCAGCACUUGGGCACCAAAGUUCUGCCCAUGGGAGCUAAACUAUAGCAGGCCCCAGAGGAGAGAAGGGCCCCGAGGGACAGAGUAUCUGUUGGGAGGAGGAGGAAAGGUAAGGUUGGCAGGUAGCUCAGCACUUGGACAAUGGAGUGCCCCAGACUCAGCUCUUGGGGUAAGUGGCCCUGGUGACACAAUGUGGACUGUACCCAGAAGUUCCUGCUCCUCCCCCACCCCGGACCCACAGCGGCAUGUAAACGUGCUGUGUGCCUGCUCUGCUCCACACUUGAGUUCCCACUCUCCCUCCUUUUCUGGGCUAGAGGCUGUGCAUCUGUGGGAUCCCAGGCAUUUGUUUUUAUAAGAUUUUCCAUUCUAUUCUCGUUAGCAGAGUGGGCUUAUCUUCUGGCAUCCACAAUUUCUCCUCUUUCCUCCCCCCUCAGGGGAAAACUGACACACAUUCAGGAGUCUGUGUGUGCCUCCAGCAACUAGGACUGGUGAUUUGCUUAAUGCAACAAGGCUUUGGUUUUCAAGACACAUGUAUCAACUCUUAAGAUAUGGCUGCCACACACAGGUGCUCUCUGGGAGUCACAGAUCAUGGGCAGAUGGUACAGAGGUGUUAUAGUUCCAGAUACACUGAAGUUACAAGCAGAGCAACACCAGGGCUGUGCUGGAACAAAUCUGUAUCCAGAGAAUAAAAACUUCCUUCAACUUCCAUUUUUGGAGGCAGGGCUGAGAAGGGAGCUCUCUUGUGAUUCCAGGAUUUUUCCCUCCCAGUGGAGCUUUAUUAAUAGCCAGGACGUAGAGCUGAGAAUCCUACUGAUACGUGUAGUGGAAAUAAAAUUUUAUUAAGGGUUUCUUCAAGAGCAGAGAAGCAUUAUCAUCACUUGCCACCCCAGGGUACUACCUAAUUGCUGUUUUGCUGAAUCAAAACUCGUCCACAUGAGUAUCUUUGUAUUGCUGAACCUGUCUCUAGGUACGGGUGAGAGGCUGUGCAUUGUCAGACACGGAGGAGGUAAUGAAUGUUUUGCAAAACUGAUCCACCUAUUUAAGAAUGCUACUGAACCGCACCAAGUUCUAGACUUAACUCCUGCUGUCACGAAGGGGGACAGGGUAAGGGAAUGGUUGGUAAGGUCUCCUUUCUUUCCCCAGAUGGUGACAGUUAGCAUGUGGUGCUUACAAGGUUAAAUUUCAAGCAAAAUGCUAACAGGGCCAGGCAGGACCAAAGUAUCUGAACAUAAAUCCAUUAUUCCUUUUCUACAGGAACCUUCACUGUUUUACCCCUUGUUUGUCUUUCAGCCCAACACUGAUACACUUAAAGGACCACUUUCUGGUUUUUUAGUAGCACUAGAGAAUCUACCCAAGCUUCCCUAUGAGAAAUAUAUGCUAGUGCCACGGUUAACUACAAAUUAAAGUUUCUGCUUUUGACCAGGUCACUGUAGUAGAGUCAUCGGGUCCAUAAGCUUUGGGUGGGUCUCUUCAGAGAGCAUGAUAACAAAUUCCACAGCCUUCUGUACAAUGGGGAAAGAUACUCCCGACACCAAACCAAUUGGUAUUAGUCUGGAAGGACCAACUUUUGGGUGCUUUGAUCACUGUGAAAAAGCCCACUGGCUUCUAUCUUUUGGUCAAAGUUAAUUCCUGUAAGUGACUUUUUAAAAAAUUAAUUUUUACUCAUUGGAUAAAGUUGCAUUUUGUCAUGAGGAAAAUGUUUUGGCUGAAAAGUACAUGCAGAAAAAAAUGUGUAAUAGAUGAAAUCAGUUUUCACCAUUUUUCCAGCUUGCCUAGGGAACAUUCUCCCCUGAACAAAGUGGGACAUGCAUGGCUCUCUCUUUUGUGAUUGAACAGGUAUCAAAAUGGACAGUUUUCCAUUUGCACCACUCCCUGUAGCUGAAGCAGGAAUGAAAUCCUGCCUGCUGACUUCUGCCUCCAUUCUUGUGGCAGGUAAAAUCAGAGAACCCACCCUUUAGGCCCUGUAACGUCUCCAGACAGGAGAGGCCUCAGCUCCCGUUAUGGGCCCCAGUAUUACUCAUCCUACCUGGCCUUAGUGAGUUUAUACGUCAAUAUAAUAUUUUCAACCAUGUGGUGAUCUCGGUGAAAACUAUUUCCCAAACAAGUGUUACUUCUAUAAAAUCUGUAAAAUAAAAAAGCUAUAAAAUAGUUGAUUUCCUUUUCUUGUAUUUUUCAAGUACUCCCCAAGACAUAAUCUUUGUUGAAAGUGAACUAGCAGGCACUUGGUUAUGCUAAUCGUGGGAACUACUGAACUGUGCAGAUUAAAUAAAUGACUGCAGAUGCCUGGGUAAUUUUCCUUUUUCUGUAGAACCCGGCUCUACUUUAUUUCUCUCUAAAUAGGAGCUGGUUUACAUCAGCAUCAUCUCCAUCAGGGGUAAACAAUGAUCUUGAUCUUAACUUUUAUGAAGUUUUUAAAACCUUCAGAAUUUCAUAUUUUUAUUUUCUCCAGUUUCCUAAGUGGUUACCCCUUUUAGACAAUCACCUCCCCUGUUCAGAGUUUAGUCUUUGGCUCUUGGAGAAAUGGGCAUGGAGCAAAAGGAUCCAUUUCCCAAUUCCCUUGAAAUAUGUUUCCCAUUGCUGAAUUGAGGCAAAUAAAACCAACUAGGCAGAGAGACUGCUGUCCAUAGCUGGAGUGCCAUUAGUGCAUGAGCCCACCAGCUGGAUCUGAUGUUCUGCCAAACCCCAGAGGUACCAGCUACCAAAACUGCCAUGGACUUGUAGGCAGUAAGAUUCCUUAAAGUUACUUAUGAUUAAAUAUACUGUGAUCAGAUAGUUGAGAUUUUUCACACCAUCCAUCUCAUGCUUUAGCCCCAGAUGGACACUAGAUAUUUUAUCAUUGCCAAUGGAGGUAAUUACCUGUUUCAUAGUCACUCUCAUCUGCUGGCAUGUCAGGUUUCUGAAGUUAAUGUCCAUGCUGUCUGAAACUGGAAUGUUAGGUUAAUAAAAAAAAUUAAGUGCCAAUUAAACAUAAUUGCUUAAUUCUCCUUUUAGAUGCAUGUACUUCUUACUAAGUCUUCCUCUAAGCCCUCAGCAAUAUCUUACCGAGAGCUCAGAGAACUCUAAAUCAGAACCUUGACAUUUUACAGAAAGGCAGUCCAAACUAGAGCCUAUCAGCUUUUCCUUAAAAAGUGUUAGGAUGAGGGGGUAGUAAGGAUUUUACCCCCCUAAGGAAAACCUGAAACUAUUUGAAAGUCUUCUAGUUCCUAGCUGGAUCCAGAUUAAAGUAGAAACAAAACAAAGAAAAAAUGCCCCAUAGUUAUUACCUGACCAAGACUAGACUGCCUAUGUCACUGGCAUGAAUUAAUUUAGUUGCCCGUUCCCUUCUAAAGGUGCUUCCUUUAACCCACAAAAAUUAUCCUGCAAUUAUUUUUUAAUUCUAUCAUCUCAUGCUUAUGUUUUAGAUGUGAUAUCAAGACUAUAGAAGACACCCAAACUUUUAUUAAUAAUUUAAGUGUCCUUUUUCUCCAUAAAGCUUUAAACCAUUUGCAAACGCAUAAAUAGGAGCUAUCGCAUUAGUUCUAUGAACUACUUAUAGCUUCACCUACUCCUGGAUGCAGGAAACAGAACUAUAGCAAGUUCUUACAGCCCAAACGGAGAGAAUUCUCUAAGGGGUGAAAUUUCUGCGUUGAACUUAAUUAGGGUGCAGCCAUACAGUUGCCAAGGUUUUGCAGGGCAGGGGACGCUUAAGUCACGUUUUGUUUUUUCUGCAGAGGGUGACAGCUUUGUAGAACACUAUAAAAAUUUUCAGGAAAAAAAAAAAAUCAUACAGCAACUAUUUUUCUGUUUAUCCAAUGGAACAGCCUAUUUGACAAGGAAUAAUAAAACAUCUGACUCACCUUUGACUGAGGCUUGCAAACUCUAUAGAGUUUCUAGAAGAGGCAUAACCUGUUCCAAAACAAAAAUUAUGCCUUUGCUACACAGUUCUUGAAGUUUAUCUAAAUCCUACUCUAGUUAAUUGAAACCUUGUAUUUGUAUACAGGUCAGGUUAAAAACAAGCUCUGAACCUAUGGCCUUCAGAAGUACCUUCUAUUAUUUCACAUACUUGAAUUAGUCUCUAAUACGUUUGUAUUCACUAAGACAGAUAUGCCUUUGGCUGCCAAGAACUAACUUUAGAAUUGGAAACAGAAUUAUCAAUUAAUGUAAUGGUGACUGCUGUCACCACAGCAUCCCUGAGCACUCCAUGGGUGUUAAAAUAACAAGUGGGAAAGAGUACAAAAGCUAAAUAGCAGCUGGUCAUGUACUCUUGUUUUGCUAAUACCUGGGCAGAGAAACAGGUUCACAUGCAACCAUUACAUUUUUGGUUAAGAAUUAUACUGGAUAAAUUCUCUAUCACACUGCAUCUGAGUGAGAUUUUGCAUGGGACCAAGAUAAAAAAUUAUUCCGUUCCAGAAACAGCAACUGCUGUUGGAUAACCACACUCUUCACUAGUACUCGAUCUUUCCAUAGUUACUCACCUGCUAUUCAAUCUGAAAUAUCAGCUCAGCAUAACAGCAUAAGUUAUAUACAAAAUUCCUCCACAUUCACACUGAUGUCCUGGGUUAGUAGUUCUUCCUCUACUGCUUUUGCACUUUUUACAAAUCAAAUUCAUGUGGAAAAUGUUCUGUUUGUAGAACUCACAGUAUUCACUUAUAGUGCUCAUGUCAGGACUGCCAAGUGAGUAAAAGCCCCUGAUAAUCUGCUUUUGUUUGAACCUAAUGCAAAGAAAAUGAAACAUGCUCACUUCUCUUCUACUCCUUAUCAGUUUUUAGACACCUUGUCAAGACUUAUUUACUUUGCAUGAGAUUUAAGUUUUCUAUUUGAAAAUGUCCUACUUUUAUACCACUUGAAUUAUUAGAAAAACCUGCUUGAAUGUAUUGUCAGUUAUUAAAGCACAUGUGAUUAAGUUUGCAUUUAUCAGUAUUGUUCUGUUGUUUGUAUUGAAAGUCUCAUUUUAAAGUUGCUACUUAACACUGUACUAUACCUUGUAAUUUUUUAGAUUUUUCACUUGUAUGCUUUAACUGUUUCCAGAUGCCUUUAGUUUUAGCUGCUGUAAAAUAGCUACUCUGUUAUUUGAUAUAGAAUUGUUUUUUUAAAAACUCCAUUUAUUUAUACAGAGACAUUUAUAAUAUUUUACAAACAUUCUUAUAUUCUGAAUAAAUAUUUCUAAUUCCA